GAUUCAUCAGAAAGGAGAAGUCCGUGGUUUCCGGUCGUCAACACUGUCCACGAGGGCGAGGGUUGCUGUUGUGAAUGUUUCCCAUUUCGUUUCGCGUUGAUAAAAUGCCGAGAUUCGAGGAUCGCUUGCGAUAAUUCACGUGAUUCUUGUUGGCGGGUGUGAUGCGCCGCGCCUUGUGGUGCUAGCUGGUUGUUCGUGGCGUCCGAGAUCUAAAAAACUGUUGUCCUGGGAGUGCCGAUCCGCUGCUGUUGGUUUCGGGCCGUACGUACUCCACAAAAUAGUGGGUGGAGUGUUAUCUCAUCGGGGCAGGCCUGAACACUGUGCCCUGAGCAAAGAGGAACGCCACCAUGCCGCUGCUGUACUGUGUGGUUGCACGAGGCAGCACAGUGCUGUCUCGGUACGCCAGCUGCGCGGGCAACUUCUCGGAGGUCACCGAACAGAUCCUGGGCAAGAUCUCGCCGGACGUCCCCAAGCUUACCUACUCCCAUGGAAGCUACUUGUUCCACUACAUCCUUGAAGAUGGCAUUACCUACCUCACCAUUACUGAUGACGAAUUCGAAAGGGUCAGAGCAUUCCAGUUCUUGGCAGACAUCCAGGGAAGGUUUCAAGCCAGCUAUGGUCGUCAAGCUCAUUCUGCUCUCGCCUAUGCGAUGAACAGCGAGUUCUCGCGGGUAUUGGCAAACCAAAUGAAACACUAUUCGGGCAUUGGAAAGGACGCCGACAACAUAACCAAAGUUCAGGAAGAAAUUGACGAACUCAAGGGCAUCAUGGUGAAAAACAUUGAUACAGUGACAUCCAGAGGAGAAAGGCUCGAACUGUUGGUCAACAAAACGGAAGCCUUAUCAAGCACGUCGGUGACUUUCCGAAAGAGCAGCCGCAACCUCGCACGAUCCAUGAUGAUCAAGAACAUUAAAAUAGCCAUCAUUAUUGCGGUCAUAGUUCUGGUGGUGAUCUACAUCAUUGUUUCGUCAGCGUGCGGCGGUCUAAGCUGGCCGAGUUGUGUCUGAGGGUCGUCCCCUCUCUUGCUACGCAUAGCUGCCAUCUCUCCACCUGUACGCACUGCUUGUCCAGCAUGUGUCCACCUCCAGAUGUUAUUAUUGUUGUUUAUAUUUGGUUACAAAUGUCGUGUGUGGGAAGUAGCGUUAGGCAAACCAAUUCGCCAGCCGGCUAACGCCUGCCUGGCCGGGGUUGUUUACGUCGCGGCUUAUGGCAAGCAGCGGGCGAAGUACGGUUGUAUAGAGUGCUUUUUCUUGUUCUCCCACUACUACCUUGUACGAUAUUUCUCACACGUGUUUAAAAGCUGAUAUAUGCAGCCUGUAUCUAUAGGUUAAUAAGUCGAACACAAUGAAUAGUACGUUAGUACACUUUAGCGGGAAUGAAAGUUACGUGCUGCACGGUAUGUUGGGUUCACGUCUGAAUCCCUGCACGAGCCUUUUCUGUCGCUGCAUGGAAAUAUUGUGUAAAUUUAAUUCUACUUGUGGCAACUUUGUGCAAUUUUUCAAUAGCUUGUGUGUGUAAUGUGCAGUACAGUAAAGCUUUAGUCCAGUUUAUACAUAUUUUUAAAUGCUUACACUAGGUACUUUUUUGGAUGCUGGAAUGAAGUGAAUCGCGCUGCCUGCAUAAAUUGAAUGCUUGAUUGAAAUGCCAGAAAUGAAAUAGUUCUGCAUUGCGUGCAUCGUUGUACAUAGCGAGAUUGAAACAGCGUGUUUUUUUUGUGCUUUAUAUGUGUUUCAAGAAAGUAUUAAAUAUUAGCACUUUAUGAAGAAUUC